CGGCGGAGGCAGCGCGGCCCCUCCCGCAGCCAUGGGGCAGCGGCGGCGGCAGGCGCGCGGAGCGGGGCGGCAGCCGCCGAGCGCAUGAGGCGGGCGGGGAGGGGGUGGCCGGCCGGCCUCCCGCUGGCCCCGGCGCUGCCCCUACUGCUGGCGCUGGCGGCGGCGGGGGGCUCGCUGCUGGCGGGGCGCUUGGCGCUGCCGCACGACAUCGAGAGCCUGGCGGUGCGGCCGGGCGCGGUGCUGGCGGCGGGCGGCAGCUGCCUGUACGAGCUGGAGCCGGCGCUGCGCGGGGCGCGGGACGUGCUGCACAUGGGCCCGGCGGGGCAGUGCGCGCAGCCUGCCGGCGCCCACAGCAAGCUGCUGCUGCCCUACGGCACCGACCGGCUGCUCGCGGGCUGGACGCUGCACCACGGUAGCUGCCAGCUGCUCCGCGGGCUCAAGGUGGAGGGCAACCAGAGCCAGGUGGUGAGCUGCCUGCCCCGCGGCUCCACAGCCGGCGUCGUCUUCCAUUGGCCGGGGGGCGAGAAGUCGGGCGACUACCUGGCCGUGGCCGCCGUCUACUCGCUGGACGGGCAGUUCAGCUGCGGCCUGGUGACCUCGCAGGCCAAUAUUGUCCUCACCAUCCGCGACCUGGGGAACCUGAUGCCCAUGGACAGCUUCGACCCGCUCAAGUACAACAAGACGCCGCUGCACUUUGUGGACGCCUUCUUGUGGCACGAUCACCUCUUCUUCCCCUACUACCGCCUGCCCCAUGGGCCGCCUAGCGUCGUGGUGCUCAACACCAGCCGGCAUUUCCAGGCACCUAGCCAGGUGCGCCUGAGCUGCGGCUGCCGCAGCCACAUCCUGGCCUCCAGCACCCUGCCGCAGCAAGGGUUUUGGGCCGCCGUCUUUGCCAACCAAACAGAGCGGCCGGCCUGGGCCGCACCGGCCUGGGACAACACUGCGCUCUGCCUCUUCGACCUGGCGUUCCUGCGGGACGCCAGCCCGAAAUGUGUUUCUGACUUCAGCCCCACCAGCUGCGAAACUGUGCCGACAGUGAAAAAGUCACCGACCUUGAUUCACUCUGAUUUAUCAGCUGUUUAUGCUACUGUCGUUUUGAACAAGAUAGUUUUGUUCUUGGGAACAAGUAAUGGACAGUUACUGAAGGUUAUUCUUAACAAGAAUCUGAAACCGAAUUGCCCUGAAAUUUUACAUGAAAUAGAAGAAGAAACAUCAGUUUUUCCCAAACUUGCCCUUGACCCAAUGGAUAGUAACUACAUAUAUUUGGCAUCUGCUAACGAGGUGAGGAGAAUACAAGUUGCAAACUGCAGUAAUUAUGUUUCUCAUCCAGAUUGUUUGUCUGCAGAGGAUCCAUACUGUGAAUGGUGUAAUUUAACUAACAGGUGUACCUUGAAAGGAAAUUGUUCACGUUCAGACAGUUUACCAGAUUCGGUUAACAGUUCACACGAAAUGGAUCAGUAUGCUGUAAUCCAGAUAAAGAUCAUGCAUCAUGAAAAUAAGAUUCUCAAGAUUAUUGAGAUAACAGUUGGAAAUGUUCCACCUGAUUUCCAAAAGGAUUCUUUUUGUAGGAUAACCAAUGCAAAACAAACCAAAAUACUUUGUGAAAAUGAAAAGCAACAAAUCUUGAACUGCAGCUGCAAUCUAACAUACACAGCACCGACUACUAAUGAUUGUUCAGCAGUUGAAGUGUCCGUCAUCUCAGGUUCUUGGAAUUUAUCAGAGGCAUUUCUGUUGCCAAACUGCUUACAUUGCAGUGGUGCCAGCGAAAAUGAUUGUUCCUGUUGGCCUAAUGAUGAUGCCAUAGAUCAGCAUAUCCACAUUAAUUCCAUAAAACCUUCAUCAAUAUCAACAUUAGGCAAAGGUGAAGUGAUCAUUGAAGGAAGAAACUUUACACAAGCAUCAGAUUUGAAGGUGGUGUUGACUGGGUUUGGUGGUUGUAAACGAGAAAUCAUCAAUGUUGGCAAGGCGUUAAACGACACACACAUGAUAUUCUCUCUCCCUCCGGGACGCAAAGAAGCCAAGAGGGUUUGCAUAAAGGCUACUGAGCAUAAGUGCUCAUCACCAGUGACGCUAUACUAUGUCUCACCACCAUCAUGUAUUAAUAUUAAACCAAACAGCUCCUGGGCCAGUGGUGGUCGCAAAAUAACUUUGUUUGGUAGAAAUGUUAAUGUAGCAGAUGGUGUGGUUAUUUCAGAUGAAAAGAGAUUACAUCUGAAUGUCUCAAGUUACCCUGAAAAUACUACUUGGUAUCAUUUUCUAGCACCAGAAGUUAGCCAUGCAAAAGCAAGUAAAAUUGUUGAUGUGCUCUUAAAAGUGGAAAAUGCCCACAAACCAUGUGUUAAGUUGCAAUAUUAUCCUGAUCCUGUAUUCAUUAACUACCAACUGCAAACUGAGAUGGACCCUCAUCUGGAGUUAAAGUUAUAUAAAGAAAAUGACAACUUAGGCAUUUCCAAAAAUGAGAUUGAAGUUUUUCUCCAUUAUGAGAAUGGUUUGCAUUUGAGAACCAUACAUUUCAGUGUUCAAAAUAUUACCAAAAACCCAAAACGUAGUACUGUCCUGUGCAAAGGCAAAAGGGAAGGACAAGACAAAAUUGAUUUUUCUGCAGUGAAAAUUUACGUCAGAUUAGGACACUUAAAGCAUGAAGUCAAAGCAAAAUCAUCACACAUGUAUUUGUAUGUGCUUAUUUUGCUUCCUAUCUUAUUCCUGGCUGUAAUUUUAGUGGCAUUCAUAGUAACUAGACGUAAAUCCAAAGAGUUAACCCAUAAACUGAGUGAGCAACUUGAACUGUUGGAAUGUGAACUUCGGAAAGAAAUACGUGAGGGAUUUGCUGAACUGCAGAUGGAUAUGUCAGAUGUGGUGGAUAGUUUUGGAACUGUUCCCUUCCUUGACUACAAACAUUUUGCUCUUAGAACUUUCUUCCCAGAGCCAAAAACACUUGCAGCUCCCUUCACAGAAGACAUGCACACUAAUGUACCACCGGACAGAGACCAAACUCACAAGGAUGAAAGCCUCACUCUGUUACAGACUUUAAUUUGUAACAAGAAUUUUCUUGUUACUCUCAUUCACACCCUUGAAAAGCAGAAAACCUUCUCGGUGAAAGAUAGGUGUUUGUUUGCUUCCUACUUGACCAUUGCACUACAAACUAAGCUAGUCUACCUAACUCGUAUUCUAGAAGUCUUGACAAAGGAUUUGAUGGAGCAGUCUAGCAACGUGCAACCUAAGCUCAUGCUAAGGCGCACAGAAUCAGUGGUAGAAAAACUGCUGACAAACUGGAUGUCCGUUUGCCUUUCUGGUUUCCUUCGGGAGACGGUUGGUGAAACUUUUUAUUUGCUUGUGACAGCCCUCAAUCAAAGGAUAAACAAAGGUCCUGUGGAUGUAAUAACUUGCAAAGCCCUCAACACACUAAAUGAAGACUGGCUGCUGUGGCAAGUGACUGAAUUCAGCACACUGACACUGAAUAUCAUCUUUGAAAAAGACCCAGAUAAUGAGAAUGCAGAUACCUGUCAGACUAUCUCAGUCAGUGUUCUGGAUUGUGAUACUAUAGGUCAAGCCAAGGAGAAGAUCUUUCAAGCUUUUGUAAAUAAGAAUGGCUCCCUUUAUGGUCUUCAGCUUGAUGAAAUUGGUCUUGAACUUCAGUCUGGUGCACAGCAAAAAGAACUGUCAGAUAUAGACGAGUCCUCCCUGAUUCUGGAAGAUGGGAAAACAAAGCUAAACACCAUUGGUCACUAUGGGAUUUCGGAUGGCGCAACUGUCAAAGUCCUUAAAAAGAAAACACCAGAUGUGGAUUACUCUGAUGAAUACUGUCAUUUGAUUUUACCGAACUCUGAAACAGUGAAAGAUAUUCAGGGAGCAAAAACCAAAGGAAAGCAGAAAUUCAAAGUAAAAGAAAUGUAUCUGACAAAGCUGCUGUCUACCAAGGUUGCAAUUCAUUCCGUUGUUGAAAAACUCUUCAGAAGCAUCUGGAGCUUACCUAACAAUAAAGCCCCUGUUGCUAUCAAAUACUUUUUUGACUUCUUGGAUGCUCAGGCUGAAAGUAAAAAGAUCACAGAUCCUGAUGUGGUUCAUAUAUGGAAAACCAACAGUCUUCCUCUUCGCUUCUGGGUGAAUAUAUUGAAGAACCCCCAGUUUGUCUUUGAUAUUAAGAAGACUCCACAUAUAGAUGGUUGUUUAUCAGUAAUUGCACAAGCUUUCAUGGAUGCCUUUUCUUUAACAGAACAUCAGCUGGGAAAGGAAGCACCAACAAAUAAACUUCUCUAUGCCAAGGAUAUUCCACUUUACAAGGAGGAGGUGAAAGCUUACUAUAAAGCAAUCAGGGAUUUGCCUCCAUUGUCCUCUUCAGAAGUAGAAGACUUUUUAAUUCAGGAAUCUAAGAAACAUGAAAAUGAAUUCAAUGAGGAAGUGGCCUUGACUGCAAUCUACAGAUACAUAAAAACUUACCAUGAGGAAAUCCUGACUAGGCUUGAGAGAGACGGGGGACAAGAGGAAGCCCUGAAGCAGUUUCUGCAAGUAAAAGCCUUAUUUGAUGAGAAGAAAAAAUGCACGUGGAUGAGACCAGAGCACUGCUGAGAUGUGGCAAAUUGCUAAAAUAGAGCUAGUGGUACCAUAGUCAGGUUGGGAGGCUGUAUGUAUAGUGAGCUAUUGUUCACCACCUUGACCAUUUAAACUGUUGCUUAAGUGUAAGACGUCAGAGAGGAAGGUCUGUUGAGCUAGAUUGUCAAAUAUCGGCAGAUGCAAACAUGUGCGAAUGUAACGCCUAUGCAUGCAGCCUCCUUGGCAUACACACACUUGUGUGCCCAUUCACCCGGGCUUGAAUAGCUGGCUGAAGAAAGACUUAAAAAACCUUAAGGCAAACCUGCAGAAACCACUUGUGAGAAUGGCUUUUGUAGGCCUGCCACCUGGUCAAUCUGUGAGGGUAAACUAUGGUCUUAAUCUAUGGAUUAAAAUCAUGAUUUUAAUUCCAGGGCUUGUCCUUUCCUUCUCCUACACACACAAAUAUGCAUAUAUGUUUACACACAUGAAAAAUUAUCACCUAUGACACCUUUAAUAUUAGUAGAAGUGUAGGAGAAGUCUCUCCAGGGCCUAAAAUGUGAGUCUCCUUUUCUUUAAAGUAAGUGGUAUUUAUCUCAUUUUAUAAAUUCCAAGUAGAUUAUACAUAGAAUGAAAGACCUCCUCAAUUGGCUGUUUUAAGGACAUCUCACCUUUCAUCGGCCAUUGUUGAUGACCUCUUACUACUACCAUUUUUUUCAUCUAGUUGUAAAUGUACCAACCUAUUCUUGAGGAGCUGAAUGUUUGAUACUGUGGAAAUAAACACAUUGCAUCGCAUCGUCAUUAUUUCAGGGACCAAAUCAAACAGUGUUAAAUCUAUCUCCCAAGAUAGAAAAAAAGUUAGUUUAGUCCACGCCAUUUUCAUUAAGUAGUUCACAAGUUUCUCAACUGUAUAAAGCUAGCAGUUUUCCUGAUACCAUGAAUGAAGUGUUCUGUUUGUAAACUAAAUGUUAUUUUUAGAAUUAGAGGCUGGAAAAGGGGGGGGGGGGGGGGGGUGAUAAAAGUCUAGCAUAAUUUUUAUAUUGUUCGGCACAAUGUACUACUAUUGCUGUGUAUAGCACAUCUGGGAUUUCCCAACAAGGUCCUUACCUGACUGCCUUAUCUAACCCUUGAUUUUUGUAACUAAAUACCCACAGUGCUCCAGUUAGCUCCGGUGAAAUGAGGGAGCACCCUACAUUCCAAUUAAGCCUGAGGCAGAAAUCCCAAAUACAGCGCAGUCCCAGUGUAGUGCAUGCAGGGCGUCAGCCCUGAAAUGAUAUGAGCGAGGUCCUGCCUACAGUACACAAUGUGUCCAUGUCCUCCGACUCAGCUAAAAACAAGUCGCCCAGUUAGUUGCCUGCUAUCUGCAAAGGACUUGUGAACUCAUGCCAAAUGUUUUAAGUGAAUUACAGAGCGAGUGCUAUGCUGAUGUUCCACUUCAUCAUCAGCCACUCAUGGGGCAGGGGUAGAGGUGUAGGUAAGGGGGAAGAGGUGUCCUGUAUCUAGUUCAAGGAUGAUGCUUGUGCAAAGCCCCUAAGUUUAGCUUGGAAAUUCUAGGGCUCAGAGGAGGUUGUGUAGAUAAGCCAACAGCUCAGUUUGAAGUCCUGGUAGGAGCAAAUGCUUCACUGAUGGAACAGAAGCUGCAGAGCAGACCAGAAUACCAAAGCUGGUAUUUUUGCAAGAAAUGCUGGUGGCUGGUCAGGCAUGCCACAAAGACUUGUGAAAUGCUAAUUACCCACUCACUGGUAGCAGCAAAGCCUCUCUGACACUUAGCUUUGAUCUGUCUGACACUUGCACAAGUUCCGUCCUGUACCCAUUCAAAAAAAGAGCCAUUAAUAAUUCUCACUUUGGCUUACUAAGUGUAGAUUUUAAUUAAUCUUCCACGUUUAAAUAUAAAAUUCAUGUCAUGCGUUAGAGCAGUGUUGUAGCACUGUUGCUAGAGGAAAGUUCAGUGCCUUUAGGGGUUUCUUUCUUUACCUUCUUCAGCAAGAUUCCUCAUGGCAAUUUUUUCUUGUGGUAUUUGCCAAAGCAGUGGGCACCAUUUUGAGUAGCUCUUCAUCCCAAGAUAAUAUUACUUGAAAGAAAAUUGAUUUAAAUUGCUGUUCUAAUUUUAUGUGAACAUAAGAUAAAAAUGAGCUUGUUACACAGUGUUAAAGUGACUCAAUAUUCAAUCUAGGCUCUGGGUAGUGUUCCCUCACCACUGCAUUAGCAGCUCUGUUUGGUUGUUUUAGAGAUGUAAUGUUCCUAAUUACUCUUCUGUAUUAAAUUACAUCUUUUUGUUGAAAAGGAAAACCCUCAGGUGUUCACUCUUUCCUAUUUAGUCAGACAUCUUAAAAGUUCAAUUCCAGGUCAAUCAUUUGUACUUUUGAAGGAAAUGUGAUUGUUUCACGUACAGGAAUACCUUAGAUAGAUCUCAGAGCAGGAGGAAAGAGACUGCCUUACAAGAAUGCUGCAGUUGGAAGGGUAGAAAAUAUUCUGCAGGAAGCUCCAUAAGGUGUAGAGAGGGCAAGGCCCUAUCAAUGCACAUUUGUAUAUAAGCAGAGGGACCAAAAGCAAUCCUAGUCUUUGUGCCACUGGCUGGUAAAUAACUGAUGAAUCAGAUUGUGAGUGUAGUUGUACCAUUCAUGCCCCUUCAGCAGCCUUAAAUCGUGUGUUGGGAUUUACCAAGCUGUGAAGUAGGUUCUCCAAGUGGUGGUGUAAAGUAUAAGAGUCCUUUGGUAAACGUGUGUGAGUUUAUAACACUUGGAAUGCUCUCAGUAUUUGCAGUCCACUGGUGGUGUUUAUCUAGAGGAAAUGAACUGUCAGUUCAGAGGUUUGUCUACGGCAAUCUGUGAAUAAAGCCAUGUUAUGGCAAUCUAGUAAAUGUAACAGCUUUGUAUGUCAUUGAGACCAAGGUGUACUUAACUUAUUUUCAGAAGUUUACAGGCAAAAUAACUAUUACUUGCAAACAAUAUUUUUUCUAACACUAGCUUACAAAGCAUUAUUUUGCAGCCAAGAUAAUGUAGAGUUAAACCCUACUAACACGUAAAGUACUUUUUGCUGUAUAGAACUUAAGCUAUUCUUUAAAAUGUUUUUAAUUAGUGCAUAUCCAAGAUACAUUUGGUGUGUGUACGGCUUUAUUUAGAAUAAAAAAUACACAUUUGAAAGUUGGUCAACUCA